GGAACUUCCCACAAAUGCAAAUGCCCCAGGAGGUAGAUGCUGCUGCAGCUGAUGAACAAAAUAGCUGGUUGCAGGAGGAGAUUCAAGUCGAAAAUGUAACUAACGCCGAGAAAACUGAUAUAUGAGCCGGGAAAACGCUCAACCGCCCACACUGAUUUUUUUUAACAUAUAUCUCAGUGCGUGGACUUGAUUCUCGUAAACUUCCCCUGAUCGUGCGGCAGAUCUGAUGAGUUGAGUGGGAAAGAACUAAAGGCUCGGCAGGAAGCAGGGGCCUGAACUGAGCCUUUCUACACCAGUCUUUGGGACCUCUUGAUCCACUAAUGGAGUGGUUCCAUUGGUUUCGGCACGGACGGCAACAGGUGGCCUCCACAGAGUCGAAGCAUGGCUGGUCCUCUGCCAAUGACUCACCAGCCUCAAAAGGUGAUUUAGAUUCCCGGGACCACUCGCGACACAAGCUUUCAGGAAAACGAAGAACAGUGGUGGCACGAUAUGGUCCACACCGGGCAGAAUACCAAAGCAUCUCUAAAGGUUAUCAAGGGAACAGUAUUCGGACCACCAAGUACACCGUCCUCAGCUUCAUACCCAUGAAUCUGUUCCAGCAGUUUCACAGAGCGGCAAACCUGUACUUCCUGUUCCUGGUGUUGCUGAACUGGGUUCCAGUGGUGGAGGCCUUUCAGAAGGAGAUUACCAUGAUCCCUCUCAUUGUCGUGCUCACUGUCAUCGCCUUCAAAGAUGCCAUAGAAGACUACAGGCGCUACUGCUAUGACCAGAGGAUAAACAACAAUCUCACACACGUGUACAGUGGUAAACAGCAGUGCUACGUGGAGAGGCGCUGGGCUGAUGUGUGUGUGGGUGAUGUGGUGCAUUUGUGCUGUAAUGAGAUCAUUCCCGCUGACCUAGUGCUGCUCCACUCAUCCGACACAAAUGGAGUGUGUCACAUCGAAACUGCCAACUUGGACGGAGAAACCAAUCUAAAACAGAGACAGGUGGUCAAAGACCUACCACAACAAGGAUCGGAAUUUACUCCAGAGAACUUCAGCAGCCGCAUUGAGUGUGAAACCCCCAAUGAUGAUCUGAGACGUUUUAGAGGCUACAUGGAGCACCCUGAUAAAGUACGGGUGGGAUUACAUAGUGAAAAUCUCUUGUUGAGGAGCUGUACAGUGAGGAACACUGAGACUGUGAUUGGCAUUGUGGUCUAUGCAGGUCAUGAAACAAAAGCAAUGCAGAAUAACAGUGGCCCACGCUAUAAGCGAAGUAAUCUGGAGCGCAAACUCAACAUAGACAUUAUUUGGAGUGUAGUCUUACUACUGCUCUUGUGCAUUACUGCUGCUGUGGGCCAUGGUGUGUGGCUGAGCAGCCUGAAGGAUCCGAUCUUUAUGAUCUCAGAUGGCACACACCCAGCUCUUGCUGGCUUCUACAUGUUCUGGACCAUGAUCAUUGUUCUGCAGGUUCUCAUUCCCAUUUCUCUGUACGUGUCUAUAGAAGUAGUGAAAUUAGGGCAGAUCUAUUUUAUCCAGAAUGAUCUGGAUCUAUAUGAUGCCAGGCUGGAUACUGGUAUACAGUGCAGGGCACUGAAUAUCACUGAGGACCUGGGACAGAUCCAGUACUUGUUCUCAGAUAAGACAGGAACCCUGACAGAAAAUCGCAUGCUGUUUCGUCGGUGCACUGUCGCCGGCAAAGAGUACCCUCAUAAUGAGCAUGCACAAGCUAUGGAGCAGUAUGAGGAGCAGGUUGCUGGCCGACCUGAGCGCACACUCGCACUGCGUUCUAGCUCCAGGAAGUCUCUCAGCUGCAACCGCAGUUCCUUAUCCCUCAACACCCUCACUGCUGCUUCUGACACACACUCGCCACAUAGCACACUCCAUCAUCACGUAGCUGGGGCUUUUAGCAGCGCCAUGGAGUGUGCAGUGAUUCCAGAUGUGAAGCUGCAUGAAAAGCUGCAAGGGCUUUCAUUUCCUCGGUGCUCUUCUAUUAAGUAUGAUACUGCAGAACUCUCACACAUCCUAGACUUCUUCCUUGCCCUGGCUGUCUGCAACUCUGUGGUGGUUUCCUCCCCCAGUCAGCCACGUCAUGUGGUGAAGACACCAGUGGCUCACACUCCUUUACGCUCUCUGGAGGAGAUGAAGACUCUGCUGCAGAAACUGAGUCGCCCUCGCUUUUCACUGUCCCCCACUGAGAACUCUGACAGCCCUUCUGGUAACACCAGGAAGUUAUUUUCUCUCAGUCGUCACAGUCACUCUACGCCUCCACAUAUACCUACGCACUCUCCAUCACCCAGCUCUGCCAUCACGCCUCAACAGCAGCACCACACAGAGGUCCUCGACCAAGACUACGAUGAAGAUGAUAAAGAAGAAGAUAACGAUGAUAAAGAAGAGGAGUUGCUAUAUGAGGCAGAGAGCCCAGAUGAGGCUGCACUGGUACAGGCUGCGAGGGCGUAUGGCUGCACUCUGCUGGGCAGGUCCCCGGAGCAGCUGCUGAUUGCCCUGCCAGGCACGGGGCCACUCACUGUGCCGCUGCUUCACCUACUGCCCUUCCACUCUGCCCGCAAGAGAAUGUCAGUAGUGGUACGUCAUCCACUCACCAGCCAGGUGGUACUCUACACCAAAGGAGCUGACAAUGUCAUUAUGGAACUGGCUGGGACAUCAGACAAUGGUGAUAAUUCUAGAGAGAUCAUGAAGCGAACACAGCAACACCUAGAUGACUAUGCCAAGGAAGGCCUGCGAACACUCUGUGUUGCAAAAAGAGUCCUGCAGGAGGCGGAGUAUAAGGCAUGGCUAACUGAACAUACUGUUGCUGAAACCAGUAUUGAAAACAGGGAAGAACUACUUUUAGAAUCCGCUCAGAGAUUGGAAACUAACCUUACAUUAUUAGGGGCGACAGGUAUAGUGGAUCGAUUACAGGAAGAUGUUCCAGAGACCAUUGAAGCUUUACAGAAGGCAGGGAUUAAAGUAUGGGUGCUCACAGGGGACAAACAGGAGACCGCCAUUAACAUUGCAUGUGCCUGUAAACUCUUACAAGCAACUGACCAGUUACUUACUGCCAACUGUGACAGCAAGGAAGCAUGUGAAGCCCGGCUUUUAGAACUCCAGCAGGAGAUCAAAGUCGCUAAAGACAACAGGUUGUCUGAUUUUGAUUUUGCUAUGUCUCAGGAUGAUGCUGGCAUCUCCGGCUUUACACUAGUGAUUGAUGGCCGUACGUUAGACUUUGCCCUGCAGAAGGAGUUACAGAAAGUAUUCCUGGAUGUAACAGUCAGCUGCCGAUCGGUCAUAUGCUGUAGAUCUACCCCCCUGCAAAAGAGCCAAGUAGUUCGACUUGUUGGUGACUCACUGGGGGUCAUGACCCUCGCUAUAGGUGAUGGAGCAAAUGAUGUCAGUAUGAUUCAGGUGGCAGAAGUGGGUGUUGGGAUCUCAGGUCAGGAAGGCAUGCAGGCUGUGAUGUCCAGUGAUUUUGCCAUCUCCAGAUUUAAAUAUCUGAGAAAACUCUUGCUGGUUCAUGGGCACUGGUGCUACACACGACUAGCUAACAUGAUCCUGUACUUCUUUUAUAAGAAUGUUAUGUUUGUGAAUCUGCUGUUCUGGUUCCAGUUAUUCUGUGGUUUCUCAGGAAGCACUAUGAGUAAUUCUUGGGUGCUCAUCUUCUUUAACCUGCUGUUUACGUCAAUUCCACCGCUGCUGUAUGGCGUGCUGGAUAAAGACGUGUCUUCUGACACACUCCUGUCCCUGCCACAGCUUUAUAAAGCUGGACAGAACUCUCAGGCCUACCUUCCCUCCACCUUCUGGCUGAACAUGGUGGAUGCUUUUUACCAAAGCCUGGUCUGCUUCUUUAUUCCAUAUUGUACGUACGCAGGUUCAGACAUUGAUCUGUUCUCUUUUGGUUCUCCAAUCAAUGGUUCAGCUCUUCUCAUCAUCCUUCUGCACCAGGUCAUAGAGAGUCACACACUGACAUGGCUCCAUGCAGCGGUGUUACUAGGCAGUGGAAUCUUCUACUACGCGUUUGUCCUAGUGUUCAGUGUCACAUGUGUGACGUGUAACUCUCCCACAAACCCAUUUGGCAUUGAGACCAGACUGAUGUCUGAGCCACUGUAUUACUGUGUGUGUGGACUGACUACUGUCCUAGCACUGCUGCCCAGGCUGUUCUAUCAUGCCCUCUCUAACUCCCUCUGUCCGUCUGAUUUGGUGAAGGCUCAGAAACUGGACAAGUCCUUCACAAGGCAGCGUUGGAACAAUAUGCAUCACUGGGAAGAAGACAAAUCUGCCAAAGAAAAAUUGAACUCCAGGCCCAUCCCUCAGACUCUUAGUGUGAAUGCUGACAUGCCCCACUUUGCCAAUUGCAGUUCAGAGAUUGGUCCUGUACCCUCCUGAUUCAUGAGCAGACGUUGCCUCAAUGCUGAGAAUUUGUCCACAUUGUACUUUUGAGACUAGCAAAACCAGUCAAAUGUCCAAAUGUUUACCGUCACUAACAUCCCUCCAUGUUCCCAUCUUCUUUUAUCAAAACUACACACAUUAGCCAUAGCGAUUUUUUAUAUCUGUACAUGCAUUCUCUGUUGUAGAGUGCCUUGAGAAAGCACUCUGACAAAGUCUGACUAAUAUCAGAAUAUCUGAAACAGAUGUAAGUUUGAAUUCAAAAUAAAUACAUAAAUAAAUAAAUAAAGGGGGUUGGGGGUGCGUUGGUUGGACACCUUCCUAACACAAAAGUAAUUUUUCACAAUAUAAUUUUAAAAUAGCAGUAUAUUGUGAAAAUGUUCAUAACCUUUGUACUUUCAAGGUUGGAAUUGGUUUUGAUGGACAACGUUGGUUAUUUUAGUGCACUAUGAUGAUAUUAAAAGUUACUAAAUGCUAAAAUUCUGAACAAAGAGGGCACUUGUCAGAGAAGCUACUGUAAGAACUGCGACUCUAAAUAGUUUCAGAAGACAGUGAUUGUAAGAGGAGAAAAUGAGGAGAAAGUGAGGUUUGCUCCUGCUGUGCUCCUAGGAAGACUUGCUACCACACUGGCCCUAGGUGGAUAACAUUGUCUAUCUCCGAUCUAGAGGAAACUAUCAGCAUUUUAUACGUAAUAUCACAGAUGGUGGACAUUAUGCCCCUGCAAUGGCCUGUUCUUUAGCAACACACAGGAACUGGCAAUUUUAGGAUUAAUGUUUACAUUUACAUGUGUAGCUUUUGGGCACAUGGUGGCUUAGUGGUUAGCAUGUUCACGGCACACCUCCGGGGUUGGGGGUUCGAUUCCCACCCUGCGUGUGCGGCAUUUGCAUAUUCUCCCCAUGCUGUGGGGGUUUCCAUCCCCAAUCCAAAGACAUGCAUGGUAGGCUGAGUGGCAUGUCUAAAGUGUCCGUAGUGUGUGAAUGUGUAUGGGGUUGUGCCCUGCGAUGGACUGGCACCCUGUCAAGGGUGUAUGCCGCCUUGUGCCCCAUGCCUCCUGGUCUAGGCUCCAGGUUCCUCAUGACUCUGAAGGAUAAGCAGUAUGGAUAGAUGGAUGUACCGCAUUUAACAGGUAGAAGCCCUUAGAAGUGUUUUAGUUUCCAUCAAAAUCAUACUGUCAUACAUAAAGUUCAGGGUCUAAUAACACUAAGCUAAAAUCCUGGUAGACAAGAGUUAGUACAACGAGGUAGUACACACAAACAAUACAAGCCAAGGUUGUCGAAACAAAUGUCACACAUUACAGAGAGAUUCUUACCAAAGACCAGAAAGCAACUGUUGAAUUUCAUUGUUCAACACAGCACAAUUUGAACCAAGGUUUAAUAAGAUUCCCAACACACCUCCAACCUACUAAUGGAGAAAUAGAAAACCUGGCUUCCAGACCACACUGCAAAAGCAACACUGGACUUUGAGAUUCUUUGAGAGUAUUAAGUUUGGUGAUACAGACUGAGACCUUUUUUAAAGAACUGUAGGGUAUGUACAUGUACUUGUUACUGCACAGUAUGAACAAAAUACUAUAAUGUAAACACUAUGAGUUUAACCGGGAUAUGCCUUGUGAAUGUUUACAUAAAUGUUAACAUUCAUCAACAUACCCAAAAAACAUCUGGGUCAAAGAAGUUCAUAGCACACAACAAAUCAUUUAGUCAUUUUUAGAGAGCUCAUUUAUACAUUACAGCCUUUUAUACCAGUACUGCUAUGUUGUAAUAACAGCUAACAUUCAUAUUGUUCAAAUCUUGCAGUAAGCAUAAAACAUGAAGGAAAUGUUCACAUGGUAGUCAUUUCUAAAGCCUUAUGCAAUUAUGUGAGUUUUUCAAGGUUAUUUUUUGUUCUGUUCUGUGUGCACUCUUAUGAACUGUUUU